AUGGAUCUCGCAAUUAAAAAGCAGAUGAACACUGCCGGUUAUAUUGAGCGCUUCUGGGACAAUCUAAUUAAAGUCAAGGACAAAAUGACACGCACGUAUCUCACCACGCGCCUCGAGUUGCUCGAGUCAUAUUGGACGCGCUUCCUGGAUGCGCACGAUGCCAUCUUCUCUUUCGAGAAGAUAGACACUUCGGAUUACAUGCGGCAGGACGUUUACGCGGUGACCAAGGAUAAUUACGUAGCCGCGAAGUCGCAUAUCACAUCUUUUAUGCCGACGACGAGAUCCGUGGACGGGCAAAGUGCCACGAGUUCAGUGUUGCGCCAGAUCCAGCUGCCGAAGAUAAGCUUGCCGAGGUUUGACGGCGAUCAGCUGGCGUGGGAAGACUUCCGAGACCUUUUCAAGUCGCUGGUCCAUGACGUGGAGGGACUCACUCCCUCGCAGAAGCUGCAGUAUUUAAAGGCCAGCCUCAGCGGGGACGCGGAGGCCGCCGUCGCCAAUAUCGAAAUCUAUUCCGACGGAUACCCGCUGGCGUGGGACGAACUCGUGACGCGAUAUGAUAAACGGCGAGUCCUCUUAGCGACUCACAUGCGCGUGCUACUCUCUGCCGCGCCGGUAACCAAGCCGUCAUCAGCAAAAAUCAACCGCCUGAUUAGCGCAGUCAACCGGGCUUCGCGCUCCUUCAGGGCAAUGGGCCGCCCGGUGGAGCACUGGGACGACUGGUUCGUCCAUAUUCUGGUCGAGAAGUUGGAUCCCGCCACCAGGCUAUUAUGGGAAAGCCAUCGAUCGAGUCGGGAGUUCCCUAAUUUUGAGGAGCUCAAGGAGUUCCUCCUCACGCGGGCUCAUGCGUUGGAUGCAUCCAAUCUGCGGACACCACCGAUGACCUCCAGUUCCGCUUCCAAACAGAAGUGUACGGGCCGCAAGGACGACGUCGCGUCUCACGCUAUGGCUGCGAGUGACCACAAAGGCACGCCGUGCCCCCUGUGUAGGGAGCAACAUCACAUGCGCUCCUGCCCGAGAUUCAAGGCAUACUCGACGGAGCACCGCCGCGAGCAAGUGCGCAAAAGGAAGGCCUGCUUCAACUGCCUGGGACAGAGUCACGCCGCCGGAGCUUGCCCUUCAAUUCAUCGCUGUCGCCACUGCCAGGAGAAGCAUCAUACGCUUCUGCACACGGAGCCGGAGACGACGCCACAACCUGCCGCUUGGGAGAAAACGGAAUCCGACGACUCCGCCGACAAACCGGGUCCCGUGGAGACGACCAAGGUCUCCGCCUUGACCAGUUCUAUCUCCACGACAGUGCUACUCGCGACCGCGGUUAUUCGAGUGUUUGGUGAAUCGGGCCGAUCGUUGAAAGUAUGCGCUCUCCUGGACUCAGGAUCGGAGGCAUCCUUCAUCUCGGAACGCGUAGCCCAGCAGCUGAGACUAUCCCGUCGACGAAUGAACGUGACGGUUUCCGGACUUCAGGGCGCGACGACCGGGCAAGUGACUCACGCGGUAUCGAUGGUGAUCGGCACGGUGCGAUCGCCGACAGUACGGAUCACCUUGCCGAAGGCUCUGCUUCUGCCCCGGCUCACCGCUCUCACCCCCAGGAAACAUAUUCCGAGAGGUGAUUGGCCGCAUCUACGGGGCCUCAUGCUUGCCGACUCGGCCUUUGACAAGCCGGCAGCAGUCGACGCCGUUCUAGGCGCCGAUAUCUACGGCGUACUGCUUGACGGAGGGAUCAAGCGUGGACAUCCGGGGGAACCAGCCGCUUACUCUACCGUGUUCGGUUGGGUGCUGAUGGGUUCCCUCAUCGGAUCCGCCGAUCUUCUUCCAAGCCGAGUCGCCGUCCACCAUACCACCACGCAGCCUGAUCUUCACCAGGAACUCCGACGGUUUUGGGAGCUCGAAAAAGUGGCCGCCCAGCCGAUACUCACGCCAGAGGAGUCUCGUUGCGAGCGGCUUUUCGCUGAGACUCACGCACGUGAUGCGAAGGGACGCUACAUCGUGCGGCUCCCUUGCAAGGAGAACCCGACGACGGGACUUGGGGCUUCCCGCCACGGGGCCUUGCGAAUGCUCCUCAGCACGGAGCGCCGUUUGACGCGCGAUCCGUCACUCAGGGAGCGAUAUCACGACUUCCUGGCGACCUACGCCUUCUGCGGGCACAUGGAACCGGCACCCCGCGGCGAGGCAAUCGGCGAGCAAUAUUAUCUGCCGCACCAUGCGAUGGUGAAGGCGUCAGACCCGGAAGGUAAAAUCAGGGUCGUUUUCAACGCCUCUUUCCGGACCACCACGGGAGUCUCAUUGAACGACGUGCUGAUCACGGGACCGAAACUGCAGGCGGACCUAUGGCUGGUCCUCAUACGCUGGCGUCUGCAUCGAUUCGCCUUCACGACGGACAUCGUGAAGAUGUUCCGACAGAUCCGGGUGCAUCCGCAGGACCUUGACCUCCAGCGGAUCUUAUGGCGGGCGGAUCCAGCGGCGGUGGUGCAGGACUACCGGCUCACCACCGUCACCUAUGGCACGGCCUCCGCGCCGUACCUGGCCAUAAGAACUUUGUUACAGCUCGCGCAGGACGAGGGCCAUCGAUUUCCACUCAGGGCAGCUGUACUCCCGGCCAACACCUACGUGGACGACAUCCUCGCGAGAGCAAGCUUGAUGGAGGAAACGCUCGAACUCCAGCGGCAGACUGUGGCUCUCCUCGCUGCCGGCGGCUUCCAACUCAGCAAGUGGGCAGGUACUCAUACUGUGUUGUGUCCGGCCGUGGACAGAACCGAACGACUCAUCUCCGGGGUGGACAACGUGGGUGCCCUAGGAGUACUCUGGGUCCCGGCGAACGAUGAGCUUUAUCUUCGAGCGGUCCCCGCGCUGUCGAAGGUCGAGAAUCCGACCAAGCGCACCAUCCUUUCAACUGUGGCCAAACUCUUUGAUCCGGCGGGCUGGGCGGCUCCCGUGAUCAUAGGCGCCAAGAUCCUCAUCCAGGACUUGUGGAUGGCCGGCUUGGAUUGGGACCAAGCCAUCCCGCCCACAUUGCGCGAGCGGUGA